UGAAACCCACACACAUCCACAUCGACACCAGGAAGGAGACCCUCUCCAAGCUGGGGAGCCUGCGUACAGCCUCCUGCAUCUACCUUUCCGGAGACGCUACCGCAAAGACACCGGCUCGAAAAUCCCAGAACCCGACUCCACGGCUCCUGGCUCGCCAACUAUGCCCAAGUCCGCCGCUAGGCUGUCGAGCGGGCUCUCCCGCGCCGCCGGACGCGCAAAGCACGCAUGCACUUCUCCCAGAUUGUUUUGUCAAUCCGGGGACCUGCAUUGGCACCCUGCACUCCCGCACGGCCCCCGUCUCCCCCAAAUCUACUCCUCGGAUGCAAGGUGAUGGACAGAAUUUGUUUACGAAAGACGUGACAGUGAUCGAGGGAGAAGUUGCAACCAUCAGCUGCCAAGUCAAUAAGAGUGACGACUCUGUGAUUCAGCUGCUGAAUCCCAACAGGCAGACCAUUUAUUUCAGGGACUUCAGGCCUCUGAAGGACAGCAGGUUUCAGUUGCUGAAUUUUUCUAGCAGUGAACUCAAAGUGUCGUUGACAAACGUCUCAAUUUCUGAUGAAGGGAGAUACUUCUGCCAGCUCUACACCGACCCCCCCCAGGAAAGUUAUACCACCAUCACAGUCCUGGUUCCACCACGCAACUUGAUGAUCGAUAUCCAGAAGGACACUGCGGUGGAGGGCGAGGAGAUCGAGGUCAACUGCACCGCCAUGGCCAGCAAACCAGCCACGACUAUCCGGUGGUUCAAGGGGAACAAGGAGCUGAAAGGCAAAUCGGAGGUGGAAGAGUGGUCAGACAUGUACACCGUGACCAGCCAGCUGGUGCUGAAGGUGCACAAGGAGGACGACGGGGUGCCGGUGAUCUGCCAGGUGGAGCAUCCUGCAGUCACUGGAAACCUGCAGACCCAGCGGUAUCUGGAAGUACAGUAUAAGCCUCAAGUGCAUAUUCAGAUGACUUACCCUCUACAAGGCCUAACCCGAGAAGGGGACGCGCUUGAGUUAACAUGCGAAGCCAUCGGGAAGCCCCAGCCUGUCAUGGUAACUUGGGUGAGAGUGGAUGAUGAAAUGCCUCAACAUGCUGUACUGUCUGGGCCCAACCUGUUCAUCAAUAACCUAAACAAAACAGACAAUGGUACCUACCGCUGUGAAGCCUCAAACAUAGUGGGGAAGGCUCAUUCGGAUUAUAUGCUGUAUGUAUACGAUCCCCCCACAACUAUCCCUCCUCCCACAACAACCACCACCACCACCACUACCACCACCACCACCACCACCAUCCUUACCAUCAUCACAGACACAACGGCGACGACAGAACCAGCAGUUCACGGCCUUACUCAGUUGCCCAAUUCCGCAGAAGAACUGGACAGUGAGGACCUCGCAGAUUCUCGAGCAGGUGAAGAAGGCUCGAUACGGGCGGUGGAUCACGCGGUGAUCGGCGGCGUCGUGGCCGUGGUGGUGUUUGCCAUGCUGUGCUUGCUCAUCAUUCUGGGGCGCUAUUUUGCCAGACAUAAAGGUACAUACUUCACUCAUGAAGCCAAAGGAGCCGAUGACGCAGCAGACGCAGACACGGCUAUAAUCAAUGCAGAAGGAGGACAGAACAACUCGGAAGAAAAGAAAGAGUACUUCAUCUAGAGCAGCCUUUUGUUUCAAUGAGGUGUCCAACUGGCCCUAUUUAGAUGAUAAAGAGACAGUGCUAUUGGAACUUGCCAGAGAAAUUCGUGUGUUUUUUUAUGAAUGGGUGGAAAGGUGUGAGACUGGGAAGGCUUGGGAUUUGCUGUGUAUCAACAAAAUGUUCUUUGAAAGUACGCUCUGCUGUUUGACACCUCUUUUUGGUUUUUUUUGUUUUUUUUUUUAAUUUGUAUUACUUCCUACCAAGUCAAACUUGGACACUUGGGUUGAGUUUCAGUAGAUUGCAGAAAAUUCUGUGCCUUGUUUUUUCGUUGGUUGUGUUCCUUUUAGUUUGCCUUUGUGCGCAUUUAUUUUUCCCAAAAUAUUUUUGAAAUUUUUUUUUUUUUCCAAAAUCUCCCCUUUUGGAACUUACCUGCUGGGAUUCCUUAGAAUCUUUUCCUCCCUCAACCCCACCCCCUUUGGUUUUUUUUUUUUUAAUUGUUUUAACUUCGUUUUAUUUUUGCAGUAACUGCUUUCUGUUCAAACUUCAGUUUCAUAAAAAGGAGAACCAGCACAGUUUAGAUUUCAUAGUUCAGAAUUUAGUGUAUCCAUAAUGCAUUCUUCUCUGUUGUCGUAAAGAUUUGGGUGAACAAUGAAAACUCUUUGCUGCUGCCCAUGUUGCAAAUACGUAGAGCAGUGAAGACUAGAAAAUUAGACUGUGAUUUCAGAAAAUGUUCUGUUUGCCGUGGAACUGCAUUACUGUACAGGGUUACCUGCAAGUGAGGUGUGUCACAAUGAGAUUGAAUCUGUCUUUAAUUCCGUAUCUGUAGACGGCUCAGUAUAGAAACCCCACGCUGUCCAGAAAGGUUUAGGGCAGAAAGGACGCCUUCAUUUUCAAUGCCCUAAACAGACCUGACAGGUGAGGUCUGUUCCUUUUAUGUAAGUGGACAAAUUUGAGUUGCCGCAGGAGGGGAAGUAGGGAGGGGGGGAAGACCGUUCUGCUCUGGUUAUUUCUGUUCCAAAUGAUCCCAUCCACCUUUCCCAAUCGGCCUGACUUCUCACUAAUUUGUAGGAAAAAGCAAGUCCGUGUGUUGUGCGAGUGACUGAAUGGGCCGGGUUUUUGGUUUUAUUUUUUUCUUUUGUGCUUAGUUAGGGAGGCAGUAGGAUGUGGCCUGCAUGUACUGUAUAUUACAGAUAUUUGUCAUGCUGGGAUUUCCAACUUGAAACCGUGUGAAACUUUCAUUCCUUCAGAUUUGGCUUGACAAAGGCAGGAGGCACAAAAAAGAAGGGCCGGUAUUGUUCCCACACUGGUCUGCUGUCCACCUCGGUUCUCGAAAGGUCAGCGCAGAGGUGGACAAGCAGCAGGUAGGGAUUUUCAGUUACUUAAUCAAAACUCCAAUGUGAGUGUUUUUAUCUUUUUACCUUUCAUACACUAGCCUUGGCCUCUUUCCUCAGCCUUAAGAACCAUCUGCCAAAACAUUUCUGAUCCUCGCAUGAUGGCAGCCAUAGCGCAUAGCUACUAAAAUAAGUUACCCUGGACACGACUUGGGUGGGGAGCCUUGGGGGAAGGGAGAGGAGUCGAGUUGCCGCUUAAGGUUCUUUUAAAGAAAGGUGGGGGUUUUUGUUUUUCACUGAAAUGUCUAGGAAAUCUAGAAGUCGUUCUGAAGGACGCAAACUAAACUCUUACCAUAUGUGUUGGUAAGGCUCCAAAUUCCAGAGAACAGUCCCUAUGGAAAGAUGGCAUCGAAAAAGAUAGAUCUCUAUAUAUAUAUAUAAAUAUAUAUUAUAUAACAUUUUCAGUGAGUAAUUUUGGAUUUUGCAAGGUGCAUUUUUACUAUUGUUACAUUAUGUGGAAACCUUCCGCUGAUUUAUUCAAGGGGAAAAAAAAGUGUCAACUCUUUGUUAUUUGAAAGCGUGUUUAUUUUUCUCGUCUUUAUUUUCAUCUUUGAUAGAACCAUUGCAAUAUGGGGGCCUUUUGGGAACGGACUGGUAUGUAAAAGAAAAAUCCAUUUUUUCGAGCAGCAUUUUGUUUACCCCUCUCCUAUCCCUAGGCACUUAACCAAGACAAAAAAAAAGCCACAGCGAACAUCCCUUUUUCAAUGGAUUUUAUAAUGUGCAGCUCUGCUCCGAGCCCUUAGCACCCAUCCUGACCAUAGUAUAACCAUGUCACAGGGUGAGAAGCAUUUAGCAUGUUGUUGAAAGAAUUUUUUUUUUGGUUCUUUUUAGAAAAAAAUGAAACAAACAGAAAAAAAAAAAAAACCUACCAUUGCUCACAGAAUUUGGCAUCUCAUUUUUUGGGACCGCCCGUCCUUCUGUUUUGAAAAGUGUACAGUAGUGCCGUGUUCCUGAUGUAACUUUAUGGCUUAUAAUGUUGACAUGUCUCAGGUUCAUGUGUUUCGAUUGGUGUUUUCCGUCUCAGGUAGAUUGCAAAGUGUAGGCCCCACACAUUGGAAAAAAAUAAUAAAACAAAGCAAAAACAGGAAAUUAUGGGUUUUAGUUGUAUAUUGGUUUAUGUAUUUUUCUUAAGUAUACAGUGCACUGUUUGAAAUGUAUUGUUGAGUAUUACUUUGUACAGGUUGAUCACUUUUUUUAGAGUGAAGAAAGAACAAACUUGUUUUUCUUUUUGUGUUUUUUAAAGGAAUAUAAAAUAAUGAAGGAUGUAUAAUUGAUGCCAAAUAAGCUUGUUCUUUAGUCACACCGGCGUCUUAUUUUUCCCUUUAGGCCAGUUCUGUUUUUAAGGUGUACAUGGACAAUGUUACAGUGUAAGAAACUCCAUAUCCAUAUGUUCUCAUUCGCAUUUUGUAUUGGUUCAUGUAUACCAUUUUUACAAAAAAAAAGAAAAAAAAAGAAGUACUAUAAAAUAUCUGUCUUCUUAAUAAAAAAAAUUAAUGUUACAAAGUGA